UUUGGAAACUUCUGCCGGGGGGAAAAGAGCUAGGAAAGAGGGGCAAAUCGGUAAAGGGGAAGACUCGGAGAAGAUGGUGCUCACCGCGGUCCUCCUGCUGCUGGCCUCCUGUGCGGGGCCGGCCCAGGGCCUGGGCUCCUUCGUGCACUGCGAGCCCUGCGACGAGAAAGCCCUCUCCAUGUGCCCCCCCAGCCCCCUGGGCUGCGAGCUGGUCAAAGAGCCGGGCUGCGGUUGCUGCAUGACUUGCGCCCUGGCCGAGGGGCAGUCGUGCGGCGUCUACACUGAGCGCUGCGCCCAGGGGCUUCGCUGCCUUCCCCGGCAGGACGAGGAGAAGCCGCUGCACGCCCUGCUGCACGGCCGCGGGGUUUGCCUCAACGAAAAGAGCUACCGCGAGCAAGCCAAGAUCGAGAGGGACUCCCGUGAGCACGAGGAGCCAACCACCUCUGAGAUGGCAGAGGAGACCUACUCACCCAAGAUCUUCCGGCCCAAGCAUACCCGCAUCUCCGAGCUGAAGGCCGAGGCCGUGAAGAAGGAUCGCAGAAAGAAGCUGACCCAGUCCAAGUUUGUGGGGGGCGCUGAGAACACUGCCCAUCCCCGGGUCAUCUCUGCACCUGAGAUGAGACAGGAAUCUGAGCAGGGCCCCUGCCGUAGACACAUGGAGGCUUCCCUGCAGGAGCUCAAAGCCAGCCCGCGCAUGGUCCCUCGUGCCGUGUACCUGCCCAACUGUGACCGCAAAGGAUUCUACAAGAGAAAGCAGUGCAAGCCUUCCCGUGGCCGCAAACGUGGCAUCUGCUGGUGCGUGGACAAGUACGGGAUGAAGCUGCCAGGCAUGGAGUAUGUCGAUGGGGACUUUCAGUGCCACACCUUCGACAGCAGCAACGUUGAGUGACGCGUCCCCUCCCCAUCCUUCCCCCGCCCCCUCCCACCCCCAGCCCCGACUCCAGCCAGCACCUCCCUCCACCCCAGGACGCCACUCAUUUCAUCUCAUUUAAGGGAAAAAACAUACAUAUAUCUAUUUGAGGAAACUGAGGACCUCGGAAUCUCUAGCAAGGUCUCAACUUUCAAACCGACAACAGCAGAGAUGCAAACAGCUAAGGAGACCCCCCCUUGAAAAUGGUUUUCUUUUUGAGGCAAGUUGAAUGGACAGGGAGGGAAGGGAGGAGGAAUGAGAGAGAGAGAGAAGGGACACGUGUAGAGGAGAGGGGGAGACAAACCAAAUUUCGAAGAAGGAAAGAAGAAUGUGGGCAGGAAGGGAAGAUCCCCGGGACCAUGGCUGGACCCACCUUGUCGUGUCCAGCCCUGGCCUCAGUUGGGAGAUGUUUAGGCACUGGAAGAUAUGGCCCAAGGUGUGGCAUUCUAUGGCACCCUUGAGGGUUUUGGUGGAUUGGUCGCAGGGGGAGAAAGGAAACGACGGAAGGGGUCAGUGCCUCUCCUGGACCUGAUCUCCACCUCCAGCCAGCAAGCGCCCGGCUUGACCCCGCCCCUCCUCCCCUUCCCCCAGCAGAGGGUUCUCCCUCCCCAAAACUUAUGAAAACUAAAAUGCAUUCCAUUCCUCUCAAGACAAAGCAAAUGAAUAACCGAGUGCUAUUAGAUAGAUAGGUUUUCCGAAGCAGAUACACAAAGAUGACGUAUGUGUGCGUACUUCAGUCCCCGUGCAGACUUUCAGAAAGCAGUACGCUCUCCGAGUGGAGAGACUUGCUCUUCUGAGGUGACUAGUACACGCCCACCUGGGUGGUUCCAGCCCCUCGUGGCACUCCAUUCACUACUAGCACAGCCUCUCUGAGGGAGGAUAGGCUGAAAUAAAUGCGGCCUCGUACGGACUUCUCUAUGAGGCUCCAUGUAGUCAUAUAUAAGGCAUAUACAUCUGUGUUCUUUCUUUUUUGCUUCCUUCCUUCCUUCCUUUCUGUCAAAGGUUUGCAUUAACUUUUCAUAAUUCUUCUGGGGGCACUGAGGAGCUUCCUCAUUCUGGGAAAACCAAGAAAAUCCAUAUUCUUCUAACACACUCCAUACCUGCGGUUUUGCCAGCCCCCCAGGAGCGGCAGACCCAAGCCCUCGGCGGGCCACGGUGUUGGACUCCUUCACAAUUUCCCGGGUGCAGGUGCGUCCGUAGGAACCACCCAGCCAGGUAGAUGAGGGUGCUCCGUGGGGCACCCCCCUCACGUCCCCAGCACCUCUUGAGUUAGCCUUUAGACCCUCUGGAAGUCACCGGCCCUGGGCCCUGCACCAAAGGAGCCCAUCAGGUCCAAGUUUGACCCCCGGGUCCUGCCCAGCCUUUUCCUUUCAACGAGGCAGAACCUGCAUUUUGAAGCCGGCAGAGCAGGAGAGAGACUGAAGUGAGAGAUGGCAGCGAGCAGGAUGGAAGUGAACGGGUUUAAAUACAGGGAAAUGGUAAAAGCGAUUUCGCAGGCCAGAGUAGAGGGAGUGGAGGGACGGUGGGGGACUGCCCCGUUCUAGCUUUGGAGCAAAGCAACAGAAAGUGGGACAAAGCCAAGAGCAACUUCCUGGCUCCCCACCCUCUAAGUCCUUUGGGAUUCAAGAGGACAGAAAGAGGAGAAUGGGGGUGCAGUUUCUCAGAGAGAAAUGAGCUGACUCCAGGCCUGGGAGCCAGGGAAGGUGAGUAACGUUAGGUGGGUUCUAGAACCUAGCCACUGGACAGGAGCAAGAAUCGGCACAGGCUGUCUGUGCCUUUGGAGGGACAAGACCAUGCAUGCAAGUGGCCACCUUCACCCUGCAGUGAAGGACUGAGGACAGAGCCUUUCAAGCUCUUCACAUGACCCCAGGCCAGUGCAGGCUUUCUCCCUGGGAUAGAGGAUGGAAGAAAGGCCCAGGACAGAUGGAUGCCCCGACGGUGCUGUCAUUUGCUAGCCAGAUUCUGAACCAAGAAAAUUCCCGACCCCGCUGACUUCCUCAACAAAUCAGCAGCCACAGGGCUGUCCUUGGAGGCCAGAGAUAGCCUGCCCGGGAAGGGGGCUUGGACACUGGCAAAGGAGACCCCUCCUCGCUGAGAACACAGCUCUCUCCGCUCUUUCCUGAUGGCGUGACACCAUAGAGACCACUCUAGCACUGGAAUUGGGGCCAUGAGGAGGGACAGCGGAGAAGCAAAUAGAUUUCAGCUGGUGGGAAACUUGCAGCUACGGAACUCGGCCGGGGGAGUCUUCUGCCCCCCCCCGACAGGACAGUUGGCUGGGACAGGAGAGAUGGUCGAUUGUCAUAGGACAAAAGGGCCUGAUGGGGCUGGCAGCCACGAGGACUUACUCGACCUGCUGCGUCCGUGUGCCCCAUCUCUCUGCACGACUGUCCCCAAACCCCCGACACAUUUCUGUGUCUUAGGCCAGUAUUGUACACCUUUCCCACUUCACUCUUCUGUUUGCCCAUUCUUUCUGUGGAUCUUGAGCAGUCAUCUAACUGGGAUCUGCCACGUGGAUACUGGGGUGCCAUUCCCCCUAAGAAAAGACUGAGCCAGGAAUCGCAUACCCCACCCCAUACCCCUCCCAAGGCCCCUGUUCCUGAGAGGGGCUCUCUCUUUUCUCCCCUGCUGUUUACUGGACUCUGAAUGGGUGUCUGCCCCUUCCUUCGGCCCUUUGCAGUCAGCCAUGAGGUGGGGAAGAGUAGGGCUGGUGUAACUCCACCAGUGUCUUUGGGUUUCCAAAGUUCAUGCUGACUCCCCCAAAUCUGUGAGUGCAGUACUUGCAGUGACUCUGCUCAGCUGGCCACUCCCUAGAGGACGCUGGACCUUCAUGACGGAUGAGACUAACCUCCCAAGAGGAAGGCCUGACCUGGGGAGGGAGUCAUGGAGGAAGAUGGAGCGUCCCUGAAGCAGGGCAGAAGGGGAGGCUGGUGGGAAGCGCUGCGAACUGGGAUCCUGAGCAAGGAUCUUCUUGACUCCAGGCCUUAGGCUCUGGAGUUUUCUGUGGCCUCAAGACUAAAUGUUGUCCCACCCACCCACCCAGCCAGCAGUAGGCCUCUUCCCAUCCCCCUUUGACUCAUGCCUCACUCUAGCAGGGAGCCGAUUACCUGUCCUUCCCACCGGGGCCAGGUGAUUGAGGGAGGCCUCACCAGGACUGAUCCUCCGUCCCCCAGAGCUUCCCUACCCACCUGGGCAAAGCAGGGCAUCCGGGACAGAAGAGACUCUAAAGUUUCUCAGACAGCCAGGCCUGGACAGACAGGCCUGGGGACAUUCAACCCCCCGACAGGGGAGGACGGGAGGCCCAGGAGGCCCUAUGUGGUCUACCUCCUGUCUCCUCACCCAUUUUCCCAUCACCGUCUCAGUGGUCUCCAUGGUAAUCCUGCAGGGUCAGCCCCCUCCCCUGGGGAGGUGGGCCCGACCACAGCUCGCCCACCACCUAGCUUCUUGGCAGCCACACGGCUACCACGCCCCUCUCAAGGGGGCCCGGGGGCUGCCCCUCUCCAUCUGUUCAGCACCCCCACCCCCAGAGGUCUGCGGUGCAGGUGGGAACUUCAGAGGGACAUGGGCCAAGGAGAAGCAAGCCUUGGGCUCAAAGAGGACAUUUUUGGAGAAAGGAGGCAAGUUUUGAGAAGUGGUGGCAAAGGGGAUGGGGACUUGCCAGCCAGCCACCUGGGCGUUGUACUGUCUUUAUUUUUAAAACCACUAAAGUGCAAGACUUACUUUUGCACUUUUCUCCACUUUUGUUUUCUCCUAGGUUUUUGUUUCUUUUUAUAAACAUAUUUUCUUGGUUUUCUAAUGGAGUAUAUCUCUUAGCCCUUCUCACAGACUCUGGCCCCCUCUCUAACUCCUCGCUCUGGAUGGGGAAAGGGAAGGUGGAGUGCAUCAGCCGCCUGCGCCGUCCCCACCCCCAACUUCUCUGGUCCCCCCCUCCCCCGCCACCAGCCUGAGUCCCCAAUCUCCCACUGCCGCCACCACCACACAGUAGCCCACAUGGAUAGACAGUUGUCAGACAAGAUUCCUUCAGAUUCCGAGUUGUCUACCGGUUUUUUUUUUUCUUUUUUGAAGACAGCAAUAACCACAGCACAUAUUACUGUAGCUCUCUGUAGUCUUACGUACGUACAUAUCUUAGCUCUAUUCUCUCCCUUUGUUUUGUUUUCGACUUUUUUUUUAAUAAAUGCUCAUAAUCUUUACUGGUGAAAAGGAUGAAAAAAUAAAUCGACAAAUAAAACCAGUUUGUGGGGGGAAAAAAAAGCAGAAAAAAAAAAAAUCACCUGAAUGCAGAGGGGCUCGCCUCCCGUUUAGCAUUUUGUACCUGAGGAAAUAAAAAAAAAAAAAAAGCCAGAGGAUCUCACGUUUUAUUAAAAAAGUGAAGAUUGCUGUAUACUAUUUAUUCAACUUAUAAUUUAUGUUACUCCUUGAUCUUUGUCUUUUGUCAUGACAAAGCAUUUAUUUAAUAAAGUUAUGCAUU